UGGGCUCUGGGCUCUGGGCUCUGGGCUCUGUCCCGCCACCGAUCGCGCUGUCCGUAGAUCGUCGUCCGCGUGAAUAAGCGUCGAGCCGAGGUGUCGAGUUCAGGGAAGCUUCUCCAAGGACGCCGUCGUGUCUCCCGCAUGAUGGGAAACACAGCUGCUGCCAAGAAAGGCAACGAGCUGGAGAGCGAGACUUUUGUGAAAGAGUUUCUAGCCAAAGCCAAAGAAGAUUUCUUGAGAAAAUGGGAAUCACCACCACAGAGCACAACUGGUUUAGAUGACUUUGACAGACUGAAGACGCUGGGCACGGGCUCUUUUGGGAGAGUCAUGCUGGUUAAACACAAGGCUACGGAUCAGUUCUAUGCCAUGAAAGUUCUGGACAAACAAAAGGUGGUGAAGUUGAAACAAGUGGAGCAUACGCUAAAUGAGAAGAAAAUAUUACAAGCAGUAUCCUUCCCGUUCCUCGUCAGAUUGGAAUAUGCCUUCAAGGACAACUCUAAUUUGUAUAUGGUGAUGGAGUAUGUUCCAGGAGGGGAGAUGUUCUCACAUCUUAGAAGAAUCGGAAGGUUUAGUGAACCACAUGCACGGUUUUAUGCUGCACAGAUUGUCCUGACCUUUGAGUACCUCCACUCACUAGACCUCAUCUACAGAGACCUGAAACCUGAAAACCUACUCAUUGACCAGCAUGGAUAUAUACAGGUAACAGACUUUGGUUUUGCAAAAAGAGUAAAAGGCAGAACCUGGACAUUAUGUGGAACUCCAGAGUACUUGGCACCAGAGAUCAUCCUCAGCAAGGGAUACAACAAGGCUGUGGACUGGUGGGCCCUUGGUGUUCUCAUAUAUGAAAUGGCAGCUGGAUAUCCCCCGUUUUUUGCAGACCAGCCUAUUCAGAUCUAUGAGAAGAUUGUGUCUGGAAAGGUACGAUUCCCCUCGCACUUCAGUUCCGAUCUGAAAGAUCUUUUGAGGAAUCUGCUGCAGGUGGACCUGACCAAGCGCUACGGCAACCUAAGGAAUGGUGUCAAUGAUAUUAAAAACCACAAAUGGUUUGCCACAACAGAUUGGAUAGCCAUCUAUGAGAGAAAGGUAUGAUACUCUUAGGUGUGAUAGGUCUUCAGUGAUGUAAUUUGCGCCUUAGUUUACCUGAAAGGCAGGAUUUCCUUUA